AUGACAAGUCCCAGCACAGAGUUGCGGCGUCAUGAGCGCGUAUCUUCACCCGCUGCGUCUCCUUCGAGCCGAAGUAACUCUCGUAAGCGCUCGCACAAUGCUUACGAGUCAGAUGUCCACAAGUCGUCUAACUCCUGCACUGACGGCAUCUCAAGUGCCAAGAAAAGUAGAAUUGACAAAUCUAGUAGCUCUACUGGCAACGUUGGCAACAAUAAAAACGCGUCGGACCGCUUCAUUCCGACACGCAGCGCCAUGAAUUUAGAUCUAGUACAAUGCAACUCGCCCGACACAGCGGCGGCAAUCGAGGCAGCGACAAACAAUUACAAAAAAAGUCCUAGUCGUUCUGGAGGACCUUCAGCCUCUGGUAGUACAGUCCAAGACGAGGAGAAGCAGAUUUACAAGAAGCGCCUGGCCAGCGCGCUACUGGGAAAAGAUGACGACUCAAACCACAAAAUUUUAAAGUUCACAAAGGCUAAGCCAGCCGUGGCCCCUCCAGAAUCAUUUAAAUCCACGCUCUCAGCCAGGUUUUCUCACAACAAGGUGAGCAUUGUUCCCGCGGCCGCAGCAAAAAAGCUGAAUCGUCACGUCCCCUCAGCCCCAAUCAAGGUGUUGGAUGCGCCCGAUUUAAUGAACGACUAUUAUCUAAAUUUGCUGUCAUGGGGAGCCAACAACAUCCUCGCGGUGGCUUUAGGACAGUGCGUUUACCUUUGGAAUGCCGUUUCUGGUGAAAUAAAUGAGCUUAUGGGUCUAGAGGGAGACGAGUAUGUAAGUUCAGUGCAGUGGAGUGAUGCAGCAGGUGGAUCGGCGCAUUUGGCUAUCGGCACAAGCGAGUCAGUUGUACAACUAUGGGAUAUCACUGCUUCACGCCAAGUUCGAACAAUGAACGGACAUGCAUCGCGCGUGGGUGCGCUGGCUUGGAAUACUUACGUAUUAUCAUCAGGAUCGCGGGACAGCUUAAUCAUUCACCAUGAUGUACGCGCACGACAUCACCAAUUGUCAACGUUGACGAGCCAUGAACAAGAAGUGUGUGGCUUGCAAUGGUCUCCAGAUGGUACGAUGCUUGCUUCUGGUGGAAAUGAUAAUGCGCUGUGCCUGUGGAAUGCAGGAAACAUCGGCACAAGUCGCGGCACUCAAACUCCUGCGCAUCGGCUAGAACAGCACACAGCUGCUGUAAAAGCAAUUGCAUGGUGCCCGUGGGAACGCAACCUGCUUGCUACUGGUGGAGGUACUGCCGAUCGCACGAUCAAGUUCUGGAAUACGACGAAUGGAGCUAUGCUUAACUCUGUUGACACUGGAUCACAGGUGUGCUCGCUUUUGUGGUCAAAUACAGAAAAAGAGUUAUUGUCGUCCCACGGAUACUCGCAAAAUGAGUUAUGUUUGUGGAAAUACCCAAGCAUGACAAAGGUGAAGGAGCUUACUGGUCACACGUCUCGUGUACUUCACUUGGCAGCAUCACCUGAUGGCGAGACAGUGGUUUCUGGUGCAGCAGAUGAAACAUUGCGAUUUUGGAAGGUAUUUGGCCCCAACCGAAAGGCGCGAAAGGCUGGCUCAAGUACGACUGAGCUGAGUAGUUCGUCUUUGUCGAGCGUCAUGAGCAUCCGAUAA